CCGCUCCUCUCUCUCUCCUUGUUCUGUGAUUUUAGUAUGGAAGCAACGGCGGAGGAAUCAAUUAGUACUCUUGUUACGACGAUGGUUGAUGAGACGUAUGAGUUCUUAGCGCCCCGAUGGUUUGAUUUCGUUAAUGGAGAGACGGAAGAUGAGUCUCGCCGAGCAGAGCUCUGGUUUCAAUCCGCCUUAAGCUGCGCUCCUUCUCCUUCGGUUCCUAGAAUCAAAGCAAGGAGAUCAUUCAAGGUAGAGGCCAUGUGCAACUUCAAUGAAGCUGAAGAAGAGAUACCGCUCAAGGAUAAUGAGCCAUUAGAACCAGUAGCUGCAAAAAUUUCUUCACAAUCGCAGCCUUCUGAGGCCAAGAGACAAGAAGUUGCUCCUAUCAAAGCAAGCACAGUUAAGCCGUCUCGCAACAGUUCCAAGGAUGCAGAGGUCAACAACAAGACCGCAGAUCCCAGUAAUGCGACGACUGAGCGGAUAGAAGACAAGGAGAACAUUGCUCCUGCUUGCACACCCAAACCACCAAUGCAGUUUUCUCUAGGAGGAAAGUCGGUGGACCCUAAGAAGCAGCAAACUGCUAGAAAGAUAGCUAGUCUCCUGAAGAAUCCGUCUGCACUUAGGCCUAAAAACCAGUCACAGUUGUCUCAAGCCAAAGGCAGUCAUCAGAAAAGUGUGAAAAGGGAAACGAGUGUUAACAAUAUAGCUAGCACUACCAAUCUGAUUCAAGAAAAUCAAGCCAUAAAAAGGCAAAAGCUAGAUGAUGGAAAAUCAAGACAGAUUCUCAAUCCGAAACCAACAACUCUGCUCCACAAGACAAGACAUGGUCUUGUUAACACUGGUUUCAACGUAUGCCCUUCAGUCACUAAGCACAUUCCGAAGGAGAACAGAAAGGUUUAUGUCCGUGAGCAAACUGCACCUUUUGUUUCAACUGCUGAAUUGAUGAAGAAGUUCCAAACAAGCACCCGAGACCUGUCAUUGCCUCACGGAAACACUUCUCUUCAACAGAAUCGACCUAAGCUGACACUGACAAGACCAAAGGAACCCGAAUUUGUGACAUCCCAACGAGCUCGUCCUUUGAAUGUUAAGAGCAGUGCAGAACUUGAAGAAGAGAUGUUGGCAAAGAUUCCCAAGUUUAAAGCUCGACCUGUGAACAAGAAGAUCUUGGCAGCUCCAGCUUUGCCUGCACCUCAAAGAAGUACACCACAUCUACCAGAAUUUCAGGAAUUUCAUCUUCAAACAAUGGCAAGGGCUAACCAGCAUGCAGAGACGUCUUCUAUAGCUUCAACGGAAGUGUCUAAGCAGCAUAAUGAUCGAAGGCCUCACCUUACUGAACCAAAGAGCCCUGUGCUCCAAACAAUGCUACGAGCUCGUCCGACUAAAGCAAAAACUACUGCAGAACUUGAGCAAGAGGAACUGGAGAAGGCACCAAAAUUCAAAGCAAAACCUUUAAACAAAAAGAUAUUUGAAAGUAAAGGAGAAAUGGGCAUCUUUUGCAACACCAAGAAGCACAUAACCAUACCUCAAGAGUUUCACUUUGCCACAGAUGAGAGGAUAUCACGACCAGAUUCUGUCUUAGAUAUAUUCGACAAGCUCUCACUGAACUCCGAAUCUUGCCAUGAAAAGCCUCUACCAAGGAACACUGCUCCAAACCCCUUCAAUCUUAAGACAGAAGAACGAGGCGCUGAGAAAGAGAAGAGAUUUUAUAUGGAGCUCAUACAUAAAAAAUUAGGAGAUGAAAAGGCAAGAGUUCCAAAGGCAAACCCAUAUCCUUACACGACGGACUAUCCAGUGGUACCACCAAAACCAGAACCUAAGCAAUGCACACAACCAGAACCGUUCCAGUUAGAGAGUCUAGUAAGGCACGAAGAGGAAAUGCGAAGAGAAUUGGAAGAGAGGAGGAGAGUGGAGAGAGAAGAAGCCCAGAAGAGGCUCUUCAAAGCACAACCAGUUAUAAAAGAGGACCCAAUCCCUGUUCCAGAGAAAGUACGAAUGCCCCUCACAGAAAUUCAGGAGUUCAAUCUUCAUGUAGAGCAUCGAGCUGUUGAGCGAGCAGAUUUUGAUCAUAAAAUUAAAGAGAAGGAGAAUCAAUACAAAAGAUACCGGGAAGAGAGUGAAGCUGCAAAAAUGGUGGAGGAAGAGAGAGCUCUGAAGCAAAUGAGAAAGACAAUGGUUCCUCAUGCCAGACCUGUGCCUAACUUCAACAAGCCCUUCUUACCUCAGAAGUCCAACAAGGGGACCACAAAAGCAAAAUCACCCAAUCUUAGAGUGAUUAAAAGAACCGAGAGAAGAACCAUGAUGGCUCGACCAACUGUCUCUGCAGCUACCAGCGCCUCUGCUGGUCAGAUGAGAUAAUGUUUGCAGUAAUUUUUUCUGAAGCAGAAGCAGCCUGAAAUGUUCAUGAAUGCUUGAACCUACACUUCCUUUGUAAAUUGAUUCAGUACUGAAUUUUCCUGUGUAACCUGUUCUUACUAAUAUAGUAGCAGCACAUUG